GUUGACCCAUUUGCGAGACGCCUGCACUCCGAGUCCUCCUCCUCCGUCACACCCCUCGACCGACCGCCUUUAUCGACUUUGCUCCCAACCAUCCAUCAACCACGACUCCUUUCCCACCGUUCGCCGUUCGCGGCGUUCGGUCGACGCCACAGCAAACAUGCGCGAAGUCAACUUCAGCAUCCCCAACGCGAACAAGGCCUCGGUCGGCAUCACCACCGCCCUUUAUGACCGACGAGCGCUCGACUGUACUUCCACCCUCCCUCUCAUCAACUCCUUGAAUAAUCUCGCAUACCUCACCACAUCCUCCGGUCGAAUUCGAGACAUACUCACCGUCGAUGGCGGGAUCGAACGACUGGUAUGCAUCCUCAAAGAAGGGAGGAGCAAGGACAUGAUGGAGAUGUGGAAGUGGAAUCUGGCCUUUCAAUGUAUAGUGAACAUCGGCGUGAGAGGUUCAGAAGCCGUGCGGACACGGGUGGUCGAGGCGGAUAUGGUCCCUGUCAUUGCGACGAUACUCGACAAUUACUUUCAGGUCAUUGAAAAGAGCAAAGAACGACACGAGGCGGAGAGCAGGAAGAAGUGUCCAUUCAGCAGCUCUCGGAGCUUCUCACGGUCGGGUCACCACCGUACGGAGUCUAACGAGCACCGCUCAGGGAGAAGUCGAAGACACGCACCACCUCCUCCGAUUGCCAUUCCGGAGACACCGACGCAAAACGAUGCAGAGGAGCCAUCCAGCGACAUCACGCCCACAGCGUACACCGCGAAUCUAUCCCUCAGCUCACCGCCCGAGCGGACGGUGUUCCCUCGCCAACACGGACAGCACAGGUCGAUUGGUGGUAGGGCGCAAUACUCUUCGCCCAGCAUACCCAGCACGAGCCUCGCCGAAUCAUCGGUAUCAUCCAGCAUGACAUUACAAAGCACUUCGGGUACGCCAUACGUCCGUCCGGUCCGCGAUGUCGACAGGCUACCCUCGAUGGUCACGACGGAACUGAGCUCGCAACCUCAAUCUCCCACCACACCUGGCGCAACGAUCAUUCGCGCGGAAAGUCCACGAGUCGCGGCCAGUGGAAGCCGUCCACGACGGAGGCCUUCCAUCCGCCAUCAACUAUCCAUCUCCGGGUCUGAUGAUGAUGGUCAGAUUGAAGAGAAUGUUUCGGACGAUUCCAACGGCAACGAUGGAGAGCCGAUGGUUGGCAUUCAAUCCGACAUUACCAUGCAGGAUAUUGUGAACGAUGAUGGCAUGCUGGACGCGGAAGGCAAUGCCAUCACAAUCACUGUCCCCGAUGUAUCAGGAGAGGAGAACGAAACGUUCAACAUCACCCAUCGAUCAUCAGUCGACGGCAGCCUGGUCAACCCCGGAGCAACACCAACUCAAGCACAAAUGAAUCUCCCACAAACACAACUCCCUCCACCGGUCAACGUUAUCAACACAACCCCGCCCAGCCUCCAGAACACAACCUGGUUCGCCUCACAAUCUCUUCCAAUGGGUCGACCCGCCGCACCCGCCAGCGUCCUCGCCGCCAUGCCCCGCGACGAAGACGUCCUCAUGUCCCUUCAACUCCUCGCUUACGUUUCCAAAUACUGCAACCUCCGCGCAUACUUUCAAAAAUCACACCUCGUUCCUCGCCUCAAAAUCGGCAACGACCUCAACCUGCUCGAUCCAGACUACAAUCCCGCCACCCAUCCAGCCAUGACCGAAGCCGAACUCGAAGAAGAAUGGGACAAUGAAUUCGUCAUCAAACCCGGCGAGAAACCCUACAACAUCUUCCCCCUGAUUGAGAAAUUCACCGCCAAACCAUCCUCUUCCUCCCGCUCCUGCUCCUCCUCAUCUACCUCCCCUCAACAAAACGACAUGCAAUACUGGGCCGGCGUCGUGAUGCGCAAUCUCUGCCGCAAAGACGACUCCCGAGGCGGUAUCCGACAGUGCGCGUACUGGCAAUGCGGGAAGUGGGAAGAGUACACCCGACAAUUCGCGAAAUGCAGAAGAUGUCGACGGACAAAGUAUUGUAGCAAGGAAUGUCAAAAGGGCGCGUGGGGCAGUCAUCGAUUCUGGUGUGUCGCGGCGGAAGAGCAUGCGGAGGGAGGGAGUGGGAGGGCGGAUCGAGAAGGGGAGAGGUCGGAGAGGAGGAGGGAGAGGCAUCAUCAUCAUCAUCAUCACCAUUCUUCUUCUGCUCAUGGUCAGCAGAAUCAGAGUCAUACUUGA